AUGGGUUCAACCGCAAACCGACGACGCGCUACUGUAUCGGAGGGACGUCGGCUUCAAGCCUCACGACAAGCCUCACGCGACGGACCUUUGGGGAGCUCGACCUCUCCCAGAAGCUCGGAUCUCCGUCAAGCCACACUUGCCCUCUCGACGCAGGGCACUCACCGUAGCUCUCCAGCUAUUGGAUACGUCCUCAAUCCCGCGCGCGCCGUCCCGGGGCAUGAUCCCCCUCCGCACACCCCAACCUCGUCGUGUGGCUUCUGCGCCCCAAGCAUCGGCUUCGACUUUGCGGCACUGCCCGACAAGCCCCCAGACUCCGACAUGCCCCCAGGCCCGGACAUGGUAUACCAAGGUAUGCGCAACGGCGACGGCUCGGACGUAUUACAUGGCAGUCAAUCUCGUGCUCUCGACGCUGCGCCGGAGGAGAAGGAGCGAGAGGAGGGAUGGCGCACGGCAACCCCCGCAGACGACGCUCUCGUGGACGCUGGCCCGAGAAUCCCCACAAACCUCGAAGUCAGGAUACCGGCCAUCUCAGAGGCAAGGCGGUCAGAGUACGAAGAGGCGCGGGAUGAAACCAUCGGCUCCGUCCUGCGACGAUACACGGCGGACCGAGAUCAGGAGGAGCGCUACCACGUCGAGUUCGCCGACGGCAGAGAGGCCCAGGUAGGCUACUCCCCUCCUUCUCGACAUAAAUCUGCCCCUUCUCCUCUGUCUAUAUUCACGGUGGCUCUCUGGACUGCUGUUCGCUUCCAUCGGGUUCCAGCCCAGAGGCUCGGAUCUCAGCCACCCGUUGCCUUUGUUCACUCUCCUUCGCCUUGCCACGUUGAAUCUCUCACCAUCUCCGUCUUCUCACCUCACACUCACUCUCUUCCUUUCUUUCCUGUUUUCUUUUUCUUUUUGCUGCCGAGUGAACUCGCCGCCCUCGUGCAGCCACGAGACCAAGUUCUUGCCAGGUUGACUAUAGUGCUCUUGUCACCCUUUCUUCCUCGCAUAUUCCACCACCCCAUCGUUCAUUUCCCAUCUCUCCUCCCCGCCAGAGCACCCACCACCCCACUCACGCACGCCGAAUUAUGGAACCAUCGCAACGCCAAGAACGCUCUGGAGGACUAUCAUCACCCGGGCAAGCGGAAACGCAAAUCUGAUGAUACCGAUGACUUCUCGACCGGCCAAGAAGAGUCCUCGUCAGAUAGCCUCGAUGACGAUGAUGGGGAUGGUGAGGAUGAUGUAGCCCCACGCCGGCCAACCCGCCCCGCAGCCAAGAGACAGCUACGCCCAAGGGCUGCUGCCACGCAGCAGACCUCGCGUAGCCAGUCCGUUGCCUCGAACCAUGCUGCUGAGACCGAUCAUGCCCGCCGCCGGAGCACCCGUGUUCGUAACCCGGCUCCUGCUGUGGAGGCGGACAACCGGGACUCGGGAGACGAUGACAACUUCGUCGCCUUCGUCACCUCGGACAUUUCUGGUCCCAGGAAACCACGGAUCAAGGCUCGGCGGUCGGCCACACACCUACCAGCACCUGGUUCCAAGCUACGGCGGAAAUCAUCAGAUUCGGACAUCGAGUUUGAGGCACCCCGUCGUUCCGUCAGGUCUACCAGAAACCAGCUCGACAUGGGAGAUGAUGACGGCCUGGGCGAGGAGCUGCUCUACGCAGCCGAAGAUAGAUCGCCCGCCGUGCCCAAGGUCAUAUCUAUCAAGGAGGUGUUCCAGCCCGUCGACCCUCAGUCGCCAUUCGGUGCCGCCCACACAGAUACCUGCCACGCGUGUGACGGCUCGGCCAGGCGGGGCCAACUCGUCUACUGCCAGGGAUGCAGCCUCACAUUCCACAAGAAUUGCCUCGGAUAUCGGAGCGGGCGAGAGCACAUGGUGACCAAGGUCGGGGAGCAGUCCUUCGUCCUGCAGUGCAGGUACUGCAUAGGGACGUACGCGAAGAGGCAGGCGACUGCCCCGAGGUACGACAUGUGUCAGAGCUGUCGCGGUCCAGGUAAGGCCUGUGCAGCCUUCUCUCAAAAGAAGUCAUCCAGACAGGAGGAGAAGCUCCGUGAGCAGAAUGACGGCGUCGACCCCAUCACGCCAGUGCCCAAGGAACUCGUCGGCAACGCUGACCUGGUGCUGUUUCGGUGCACCAACUGCCAUCGAGCAUGGCACGUUGAACACUUGCCUCCCAUCGGCGGAAAGCCCACCGACCCCUCCUCCUCUGCCGAUACUAGGUCCGGGCGUCUCGAGGACUAUUCCAUCGAUUGGAGGUGCAAUGACUGCGCGUCAGCGAAGCAAAAGGUCCACAAGCUGAUUGCGUGGAGGCCAGUCGGGAAAAGGGGUGAGCCCAGAGCGGUUGCAUCCUCCCAGUCAGCGAUGCGAUACGCCGCCGACGUCGACGAAGACGAGAAGGAGUAUCUGGUCAAGUGGGAGAAUCGGUCCUAUCUCCACUGCGCUUGGAAGCCGGGUGCCUGGAUAUUCGGCACCACGGCCGCCACGAUGCGCAAUGCGUUUGCGAAGCGGGAUAUCGAAAUGGGUCUGCUGAGGUACUCGGAAAAGGACGCCAUCCCCGACGAGUACCUCAUGCCGGACGUCAUCCUCAGUGUCAAAUUAGACUCGUCCGCGCCCAAGCCCAAGACCAAGGCGGACGAGCUGGCCGACAUGUCCCGCAUCCAGAGCGUCCUUGUCAAGUAUCAAGGUCUCGGCUACGAUGACGUCGUCUGGGACUCGCCCCCCACCGAGGCUCUGGGCAAGGACAUCUACGGUGCGUUCCUCGAGGCUUUCUACGACUACCUGGAGGGCAAGUACUUCAACGUUGAGUCGAAGGCCAAGAUUCGUGAUCGCAUCGAGGGUUACAAGAACUCUGAGUUCCGGGGAGUCGAGGGCCAGCCUGCUGGCCUCUCGCGCGGCAAGCUCAUGGGAUACCAGGUCGAAGGCCUCAACUGGCUCCUGGAAAAUUACCACCACGGCAGAAGCGUCGUCCUGGCUGACGAGAUGGGUCUCGGCAAGACCGUGCAGGUCAUCGGUCUGGUUGCUUCGCUGGUGCAGGACUCGCCGAGAUGCUGGCCUUUUCUCAUCGUCGUGCCCAACGCGACCUGCCCCAAUUGGCGCCGAGAGUUCAAGCAGUGGGUUCCCGGCCUGCGUGUCGUCACGUACCACGGUGGAAGGGUCUCGCAGGAGCUGGCAUACAAGUACGAGCUGUUCCCUCACGGAUCGACCGAGAUGAGGGCCCACGUCGUCAUCAUGUCGUACGACUCGGCCGCCGAUCCGCAGACCAAGACACUGUUCAAGAAUGUCCACUGGGUGGGUCUGGUCGUCGACGAGGGCCAGCGCCUCAAGAACGACCAGAACAUCCUCUACGGCGCUCUUCGGUCGAUGAAGGUGCCCUUUCGGCUCCUGUUGACGGGUACGCCGCUUCAGAACAAUAAGCGUGAACUGUUCAACCUGCUCCAGUUCAUCGACGACACGCAAGUCGCAUCCAGGCUCGACCUCGAGUACGGGGUUCUGGACAGGGAGACACUGCCGAAGCUCCACGACAAGAUUCGCCCCUACUUUCUCCGCCGCACAAAGGCGGGCGUGCUCAAGUUCCUGCCACCGAUGGCGCAGAUUAUCCUGCCAGUCACCAUGACGGUGCUCCAGGAGAAGCUGUCCAAGAGCAUCAUGGCCAAGAACCCGCAGCUGAUCAAGUCCAUGUUCGCCCACGGCAAGAUGAAGAAGACGGACCGCGGCAGCCUCAACAACAUCCUCAUGCAGCUGCGCAAGUGCCUCUGCCACCCAUUUGUCUACUCGGACGCCAUCGAGGAGCGCCACCAUGACCAGUCGGCUCUCUUCCGCAACCUGGUCGAGGCGUCGUCCAAGCUCAUCCUCAUGGAGCUUAUGCUUCCCAAGCUCAAGGAGCGCGGCCACCGCGUCCUCAUCUUCAGCCAGUUCCUAAAGCAGCUCGACAUCGUCGAGGAUUUCCUCACCGGCUUGGGUUACGAAUUCCGCCGGCUGGACGGUCAAAUCUCCAGCCUGGAGAAGCAGAGACGCAUCGACGCCUUCAACGCCCCCGACUCCGACAUCUUCGCCUUCCUCCUGUCCACCCGGUCCGGCGGUGUGGGAAUCAACCUCGCCACGGCCGACACCGUCAUCAUCAUGGACCCGGACCACAACCCGCAUCAGGACAUGCAAGCCCUGUCGCGCGCCCACCGCAUCGGCCAGAAGCACACGGUACUCUGCUUCCAGCUCGUGACCAAGGAUUCGGUCGAGGAGCGUAUCAUGCAACUCGGCCGCAAGAAGAUGGCCCUCGACCAUGCCCUCAUCGAGAGCAUGGACGACGAGGACAUCGCCGGAGACGACCUGGAGUCCAUCCUCAGGCACGGAGCCCAGGCCCUCUUUGACGACGGCUACGAGAAGAAGGAGAUCAAGUACGACUCCGCCUCCGUCGACAGGCUCCUCGACCGCUCCCAGGUGGAGCAGGAGAAGACGGACGGAGAAGCUGCCUCUGGCGAUGCCGCCGCGCAUUUCUCCUACGCCAAAGUCUGGUCCAACGACAAGGCCGGACUCGAAGACAGCCUCGGCGGCGGCGCUGGCGAGGAAGAAGAGGCCCCCGCACCCGUGAUCAGCACCAGCGUGUGGGACCGUAUCCUAGCUCAGCGAGAGGAAGAAGCACGCAAGGAGGCGGAAGCUCACAGGGAGAUUCUGGGACGUGGAGGUCGCCGGCGACUGGCCACCGGUAGCUACAAGUCCACGGCAGCACGAGCCGCAGCACAGGCAGAAAAUAUCGACCCCGACGACGACUCAACCGAUUCCGACGAGUACUCGGGAAACAACAGCGACGACUAUGGACAAGGAUCAGCAGUUGCAGUGUCCGGAGCCGGUUACAAAGGUAAAGGCCGCAAGGCUGUCACCACAACCACCACCAAACCCUUCAAGUCCCGUGCUGGUGCUGCGUCUACCCAUGCUGGCAAUGUUACAACUGCUGCAGCAGAGGCAAUCAAGAAGACUCGGCCAGCCAAGACUCAGCCAGCCAAGGCCAUGACCCCCAAGAGAAAGAAGACAGUUAACAGCCAUACAACACAGAUGCCGGACUCGAAGAGCUCACCGGCCUUGCCGGUCAAGAGCCUCGCAACUCCCACCCCCACCCCCAAGAAGACACGGGCUAUUACCCCAACGCCAGCUUCAACUCCGCCGCCGCCGCCGCCGCCGCCACCGGAGAACAGACAUAUGCUGUCCACGCCCACAUCCCCCCCAACUACCCCCACGGCGACGUGGUGA